AAAAUAAUUGUCUAAGACAUGAACAAGUAAGCAUAAUGGUUGUAUUAUCCAAUUUGGAACGAUAUUUAAAAAGAAAAUAAAAACUUUUUUUCCAAAACAACAAAAUUUCAAUAUAUUACCAUCUCCAUGUUACUGAUCUACAAACAAGUCCCUCUCAAUCUCUCAUCUUUCUGUUUCUCUCUAGAAAAUCAAAAGGUUAGGGUUUCAACUUUGCUUGCCAACCAGAAUCGAUCACAGGACUUGAGCUAUGGGAAAGAGGAAGUCAAGAGCGAAGCCUCCUCCUAAGAAGAGAAUGGACAAGCUUGAUACUGUCUUCAGUUGCCCCUUCUGCAACCAUGGAACAAGUGUCGAAUGUCGAAUUGAUAUGAAGAAUCUAAUUGGUGAGGCAGCAUGUGCAAUAUGCCAAGAAAGUUUUAGCACUACCAUCACAGCUUUAACUGAACCAAUAGAUGUAUACAGUGAAUGGAUUGAUGAGUGUGAACGGGUUAACACCAUUGAUGAUGAUGGUGCCUGAAGGCUCGGUCUGAAGUUUGGAUUCCAGUCCCAGAAUAGAAUGUCUAGUAUAUUUUAGCUUUCUAAAGGUAGUAUAGCUUUGAGCUUUCUCAAGUUUGUAAUAUUGGUAGUCUUGGGCUGUCCGAUUAAGUGCAGAUAAAUAAAUAUGGGAUUGGUAGUGUUUAGUAACUGAUAAAAAUAGUAGUUUGUAAUAGAAUGUUGGUAUGAGAGCUUCAAUAUUAUGGAAAGGAAGCAGCUACCAAUUCUAGAUGCAUUGUUGCAUUUUGUCUUGUAAUAUUAAUAAUCAAAUACCUUUAUGCUAUUUAAUGAAUUGCUUGAUGCGGCUCUUCAUUAUUAUUUA